AUGGCCCCAUUUGAGGCUCUUUAUGAGAGGAGAUGUAGAUAUCCUAUUGGGUGGUUUGAUGCAUUUGAGUUAAGACCAUGGGAAACUGUCCUUUUGAGAGAGUCACUAGACAAGGUUAAGGUGAUUCAAGAAAAGCUUUUGUCGGCAAAGAGUAGACAGAAGGAAUAUGCGGACCGGAAGGUCCGAGAUCUUGUGUUCAUAGUUGGGGAACAAGUUUUGUUGAAAGUCUCACCCAUGAAUGUCAUGUUGGAUGAGAACUUCUCUUAUAAGGAAGAACAUAUUGCUCUUCUAGAUAGAGUAGUUCGUAAGUUUAGGUCUAAGGAGAUUGCGUCCGUUAAGGUUCAGUGGAAGAACCGCUCCAUUGAGGAUGCUACUUAG